GGCCGCGCUCCGCGGCUCCGGGAAGGUCUCCGGGGCUUUUCCCGGGCGUUUGGUUUCCCUCCCCGCCGCGCGGCGCGGGGCUCCGGGCGGGCUCCGGUGAACCGGGCCCGAGGCCGAGAGAAGCAAACGCUCUAUCCGCGCGAAACGGAGCCUCUGGCCAAAGGAUCCCGUGGGUGCGAAAGCCCCGGGUGUCGUGAUGCUCCUUUUCCCCCUGAGAACUGCCUUCUGCUGUUUUCAAUAUAUAACAUACGCCUUUAAAUAAUAAUAAUAAUAAUAAUAAAUCUCAAAGUGGCUUCUGGGGCAGAAGCAGGGCCAGUAGUUCUUCGCUAUUUUCAGCAGCUCUUGCCCUUCUCUGCGUGUCCUGAGCUGGCACUGGGUUGGCUGUUACCCCUCGGGACCAGCUCUGCUAGCUGGCAGAGCUGCGCUCUCCAACCCUAGCCAUCAAAUGGCCCUGGGCAGCUCUUGAGCAAAGUGUUUUGUUUUGUUUUGUUUUAAACUAACCUGUCCCCAAUUAAAUUAAUUUUGCAAUCAAGUUAAUGGGUCUCAGGUGAUGCCAGCACCUUCUCAGAGGAAAAUCAGUAUUCCACUUCAUGGGGCAUCCUGCUUGCCCGCCUGGAGUGCCAGCAGAGAGGCACAGGAAUGUUUUAGCUUGGUGGACUUUGUGUCGUCUGACCUGGAAGAUGUUGCACAGAAGUGUUCCCUGUCUUACAAGGCCCUGGUUGCUGUGAGACGUGUGCUCCUGGCCCAGUUCUCAGCCUUCCCUGCCAAUGGAGCAGAUCUCUAUGAGGAGCUCAAGAGCUCUACAGCUAUCUUGUCCACUGGGAUUGCCAGCUUGGACAAGCUGCUGGACUCUGGGCUGUACACAGGGGAAGUGACGGAGCUCAUGGGAGCGCCUGGCAGUGGGAAGACACAGGUAUGUCUCAGCGUUGCAGCCAGUGUGUCUCUUGGCCUCAAGCAGCACGUCCUGUUUCUUGACUCCACGGGGGGAUUCACAGCUUCCCGCCUCUACCAGAUGCUCCAAGCUCGGGCAGAGGAUGAGGAAGAACAGCUGGAGGCUCUGCAGCGGGUUCAGGUGGCCCGAGCGUUUGACAUCUAUGAAAUGCUGGGAGCCUUGCAGGAGCUCCGGGACAGCCUUUCCCAGCAGGCACGUGGUGCCUUUUUCCUUCAGGUCACGAGCUCCACGGGGCCUCUCAAGGUCUUGCUGAUCGACUCUGUUUCGGCUGUGAUUUACCCGCUGCUGGGAGGCAAGCAGUCAGAGGGCUCAGCACAGUGGUCUGAAACCCAGCAGAGGACCAAGGAGGCACUGAACUGCAUUUGCUUGCUGAGCUUGGCCCUCAUGAUGCAGCUGGCCAGGGAGCUGAAGAUGCUGGCCAGGGAGUUCAGCCUGGCGGUUGUGGUGACCAACCAGGUGACAAGGAACAGCAGCACUGGCCCCCUGAAGCCAGCACUUGGCCGCUCCUGGAGCUUUGUGCCCAGCACCCGGGUGCUGCUGGAGAGCAAAGAGGCAACCUGGGAGAAGGCCAACACGCAGCGCAUUGCCUCCCUGGUAAAAUCGUCUCGGCAGCCAACAGGGAUCCAGGUGGAGCUGGAUAUCGGAAACAGUGAUGCACAAGAGCUGAGCCCAGUGACACCCACGCAGGGGCUCUGAUGCAGGUGGAAAAGCAAAUGUCAAGGUCUAAGCCUCAAAAAAAGCAUGUGAACACACUGAAGGUUUCACAAACUGACUCUGUGGUCUGGCUGAGGUGAGGCAAAAGUUCUGCAGCCCUGGAUGGACCAAGAGAAAGAAGCUCUUAUUCUUCUGUGCUGAGGAGAAAAUGAGCAUGGGGUUCCCAGAUGUCCUUGCCCCAGUGCAUACAGCCCAUGGUGCCUGGGCUUGGUGGGCAGUGUUGCAAACAGGCCUGCUGCUGCAGGUUUGCUUCAAAAAUCAUCAGAGAUGGCCCUAAAAUGUUGGUGUGGGACCAGCUGGCAUUUUACUGUGCAAACCUGAGACUCCUUGUGGUGAGUUUGUUUGUUCCCUUAAUAACUUGCUGCUGUCUGGUUGCAGAGCCCUGGUCUUGGGCAUCCCAUAGUGGUCUUGGAUAAGGGAGAAAAAAAUUAUAUGCUGUUGUGGUUGUCAAGAGCUGUAGUUCAAUUAAUGAUUUCUACUGUUACCUUAAUUAAAAUUUUAAAGAGCA